AUGAAGGUUCAAAUUGUUACACUCGCAACUAUCGCAGCGCUCGCAGCUGCAUUGCCACAAGGUGGUGAGCCUCCAAGUGGAACAGCAUCUGAAACGUCUAUGUCCACCAUGCCAACAGAGAGCACAUCUAUGCCAGGAGAAACAUCUACAAUGCCCCCAGAAGAGACGUCUACAAUGCCUCCAGAAGAAACGUCUACAAUGCCCCCAGAAGAAACCUCCACUAUGCCUCCAGAGGAAACGUCUACUAUGCCUCCAGAUAGCACAUCAACGAUGCCAAACGGCGUGCCUGCACCAACAGAGACGGGCAUGGCGAUCCAUCCAAAUGGUAACAUGAGCAAGUGCGUGGAUGUUGCCGGAGCAGAAUUCAGCAAUGGAACACCAGUGCAAAUCUACGACUGCAACGACACAGAAGCCCAGAAAUUCGUUUUUACAGAGGGUGAGACAAAAGUGAAGGUGGCCAACCACGAUUACUGUCUCGAUGCAGGCUCAGAUCCAGCCUCUGGAACAAUGGCGAAAAUUUGGCAGUGCUAUGAGGAUCUGGAUGCACAAUCUUUCUAUUACACUGACGACUACAGAAUGGCAGUCUUGGGAGAAGGGCUGUGUCUCGAUCUUACCGACGGCAUGAUGGCGAAUGGGACGGUGUUACAGACCUGGUACUGCACCGACAACAACACCAACCAGAUCUGGAAUUGA